AUGGCAAACCCAGUAGCCGUCGAAAGGGGCGCGUCUUCCCCCGACUUUGAGACCGAUGUCGUCGUCGUAGGCACUGGGCCUUCUGGAGGCUCCAUCGCCUCCUUUCUCGGAUCACAUAGAGUCAAGGGAAUCAUUAUCGGCGCGACAUCCACGACAGCGGAGACCCCGCGAGCGCAUAUCACGAAUAUGGCAGCGUCUGAGUGCCUGCGCGACAUUGAUCUGGAAGCCGAAUGUCGCAAAGUGGCCAGCCCAAAAGACUCCCUGAUGCACACGAGAUGGGGAUACAGCAUGGCGGGCGAGGAGUACGCACGGCUCUACUCUUGGGGGAAUGGUCCCAUCAUUGAAGGCAAAUACAAGGAAGCCAGCCCUUGCGACCCCGUAGAUCUCCCCCAAACCGUACUCGAACCUAUCCUCAUCCGCAAGGCAACGACCAGCGGAUUCAUGUGUCGCUUCAACACAGAAUUUGUCAGUUUCGAGGACCACGCGCAAGACGGCUUCGUCGACGUCGUGGUAAAGGAUCUCAUCUUUAACACCUUCUUUACGAUACGAUGCAAAUACCUGUUUGGUGCAGAUGGUGCGCGGAGUAAGAUCCUCACGCAGCUCGGGCUGCCUCUCAAGCAAAAGCCUGGUGGAGGGCUCGCGUGGAACGUCCUCGUGAAGGCAGACUUGACCAAGCACAUCCAAUACAAGAAGGGGAACUUGCACUGGUGCUACCAGCACGAUAUUGAGCAUCCUGACUUUGCAUGGAUUGGAUUUCCUCGUAUGGUGAAACCGUGGAAUGAAUGGGUCUUCAUUAUGUUUCCUGUCCAAGGUUAUCAGCCCAAUCCCCCGCCAACCGAAGAGCAGUGGAUGAAACGAAUCAAACAAAUUAUCGGCGACGAUUCCGUCGACGUCCAAAUCCUCAACAUCAGCAAGUGGAUGAUCAAUGACAUUGUCGCCGAGAAGUACUCGAAGGGGAAUGUCUUCUGCCUCGGCGAUGCUGUUCAUCGGCAUCCGCCUUCCAAUGGUCUUGGUUCUAACACCUGCAUCCAAGAUGCAUAUAACCUUGCUUGGAAGAUCGCCUACGUUCUGAAAGGUCUUGCCGGGCCGGAGUUGCUGGAGUCGUAUGAACAGGAACGACAACCUGUUGGCGAAGCUAUUGUUGAACGGGCAUUUCAAGGAUACCUUGAUCAUCUCCCUCUAUGGCAAGCCGCUGGCAUUCUGGCUCCCGACGCCGCUACACGGGUAGCAGAAUUCGGACAGCUUACUGCCGCCACACCAACUGGUAGAGAGCGUCGAAAAGCAUUUUUCAAGGCAGUUCAGGGAACGCGCUUCGAAUUCCAGGGGCUGGGCAUCGAGAUGAACCAACGCUAUCAAUCAUCGGCGGUCUACCAAGCAGACCAAGGACCGAUGCCGUCGUUCCCGGGAGAUCCCGUUCUUGAUCACACAAAGUCGACGUACCCCGGCUCGCGUCUGCCUCACGUCUGGCUAAACAAGGCAAUUCCCGAACAGCCCAUCCCGGUGCUUGACUUGGCUGGCAAAGGGCGAUUUACUGUCCUGACUGGCAUUGGAGGAGAGCCGUGGAAGGAGGCCGCAGCUAAAGCGAGCGAUGCACUUGGAAUCACAAUUGCUGCGUAUUCCAUCGGAUUCAGGCAGGACUAUGAAGACAUGUACCUUGAGUGGGAGAGGGUCAGGGAGAUCGAGGAAGACGGCUGCAUUCUUGUCCGGCCCGACAGAUUCAUUGCGUGGAGGAGUAUGGGACCCGUUGAUCACCCGGAAGAGGCCAUUUUGCAGGUACUACGGACAAUCCUAUCGCGCAAGGAGAACGUGGCGAAGGCCAAUGGUACAAUCAGAUAG